AUGACAGAACCUAAUUGCAACGUGUCACUCUUGGCACUUGACACUCUGGCAUCAUGGAAAUUUGGUUUCAAGAUGGGCGUGGCUCAGAAUGUUCACGAUACGGAGGAUGGUACCUUGGAGAUUGGAAUGGAAUACAGAACUGUAUCUGGAGUUGCUGGACCAUUGGUCAUUCUUGACAAAGUUAAGGGACCCAAAUUUCAAGAGAUUGUUAAUAUUCGUUUAGGAGAUGGAACUACUCGGCGUGGACAAGUUCUAGAGGUCGAUGGUGAAAAGGCUGUUGUUCAGGUAUUUGAAGGUACAUCUGGGAUUGACAAUAAAUUUACAACUGUGCAAUUUACUGGAGAGGUGUUAAAAACUCCUGUCUCACUGGACAUGCUUGGGCGCAUAUUUAAUGGUUCUGGAAAACCAAUUGAUAAUGGUCCACCAAUUUUACCUGAGGCAUACCUGGAUAUUUCUGGAAGUUCUAUCAAUCCUAGUGAGAGAACCUAUCCCGAGGAGAUGAUACAGACAGGAAUAUCUACAAUUGAUGUCAUGAAUUCUAUUGCUAGGGGUCAAAAGAUCCCUUUAUUCUCAGCAGCUGGUCUCCCCCAUAAUGAAAUUGCUGCACAGAUAUGUCGUCAGGCUGGCUUAGUGAAGCGACUAGAGAAAUCUGAUAAUCUACUUGAGGGAGGAGAAGAGGACAAUUUUGCUAUUGUUUUUGCAGCUAUGGGAGUUAACAUGGAGACUGCACAGUUUUUCAAACGUGACUUUGAGGAGAAUGGCUCAAUGGAGAGAGUGACUCUUUUUCUUAAUUUGGCAAACGAUCCCACAAUUGAACGUAUUAUCACUCCUCGUAUUGCUCUCACUACUGCUGAAUUUUUGGCUUAUGAAUGUGGCAAGCACGUUCUUGUGAUACUCACAGAUAUGAGUUCUUAUGCUGAUGCUCUUCGUGAGGUAUCUGCUGCCCGAGAAGAAGUGCCGGGAAGACGUGGUUAUCCUGGAUACAUGUAUACAGAUCUUGCAACAAUUUAUGAACGUGCCGGAAGAAUUGAGGGACGUAAAGGCUCUAUUACACAAAUUCCAAUUUUAACCAUGCCCAACGACGAUAUUACGCAUCCAACUCCUGAUCUAACAGGAUAUAUCACUGAGGGGCAGAUAUACAUCGACAGGCAGCUGUAUAACAGACAGAUAUACCCACCUAUCAAUGUCCUCCCAUCACUAUCUCGUUUGAUGAAGAGUGCUAUUGGUGAGGGAAUGACCAGAAGGGAUCAUGCUGAUGUGUCCAAUCAGCUCUAUGCAAAUUAUGCUAUUGGAAAGGAUGUUCAGGCAAUGAAAGCAGUGGUUGGAGAAGAAGCACUUUCAUCAGAGGACCUGCUGUAUCUGGAAUUCUUGGAGAAAUUUGAGAGGAAGUUUGUUGCCCAGGGAGCUUAUGACACCCGCAAUAUAUUCCAGUCACUAGAUCUUGCUUGGACUUUACUCCGGAUUUUCCCUCGUGAACUUCUUCAUCGCAUACCAGCCAAGACUCUUGACCAGUAUUACAGCCGAGAUGCUGUUUGGGAUGGCUGGCGUCAAUUGCAUUGUGGAAUGCUCAUAUUCCCUGGUGUUGGAAUAUGUGGAGACUGCUUUCCCAAUAAGAAUUUUUGGGGAAAAAUGGAUGCAGAGAUUGAUCACUAUGCGGUGCUAGGGUUACCAUCGGGGGAAGAAGGUGCGCAGCUAACGGAGAAAGAAAUCAACAAGGCCUACCGAUGGAAGGCUCUGGAACUGCACCCCGACAAGAGGCCCGACGACCCCAACGCCGCCGCCAACUUCCAACAGCUCCGCACCUCCUACGACAUUCUCCGGGACGACAAAGCCCGUAAAUUGUUCGAUGACCUAUUGCGCGUAAAGCGCGAGCGCGAGCUUCGCCACUCCCAGCGCGACGGAAAGCGCCGGAAGAUGGUUUCCGAUCUCGAGCGCCGGGAACGCGACGCCAACGCCCCCGACCCCGCCGCCAAGGAGCGCGAAGAGGAGGCCAGGAUCGCGCGCCAGCUGAAGGAGGAGAUCGCGAGAAUUCGUGCCAUGCACGGGAUGAAGGCGGCGCCGCCACCCCCACCGCAACCGGAGGAGAGUGGCCGUGCCGGUGGGGGAGGUGGAGUGGAUCAAGAGAAGGUCCUGAAGGUUUCGUGGGAGAAGGUGGGUGAGGAUUAUUCAGCUGAUAAGUUGAGGGAAUUGUUUUCAAAGUUUGGUGAAGUGGAAGAUGUUGUCAUCAAAGGAAGUAAGAAGAAGGGUUCUGCACUCGUAGUUAUGGCCACUAAAGAAGGAACUGUUGCUGCUACGGGAAGUGUGAUUGGUCAUCUUGCUAAUCCGUUGCUGGUUUUACCGCUUAAACCGGCAACUGUGGCAGAUUCUUCCAGUGUUCCGAAGUCUGCUGAAACUGCCAGGAUGAGUAAUCUGGUUGGAGCUGGGUAUCAAGCUUUUGAGGAUUCUGUUCUGAAGAAACUGCAAAAGGCUGCGGAAAAGCAAAGAUGA